AUGGCGUUUGGACAUUCACGACGGAGUCUGGACUGGGACCCUCCGACUCGUCCCACGCUCCUCGGCAGCCCCAACGACGAGACGUACUUGCCGCCGAAGCUGGUCCCCUUCAUCCUACCCGACGAACACGGGAAGCUCUUCGUCUGCCCCGAGGCGUCCCGUCUGCUCGCAGACGUCACGGCCCCCAUCGUGGUGUGUGCCGUGGGGGGCAACUACCGGGGCGGCAAGGACUUCCUCGUCAACUUCUUCGCGGGUGUCAAGGAACCAGGCUUCGCGAUAGGGCCUGCUUCUCUGCACAACACCAAAGGGAUCUGGAUCUGGGUGAAGCCCUUUCCCGUGCCGUCUGACGGAGCCAUUUUGGUGAUGGACGUUGAGCGGUUGGACGGUCUUAACAAGGAGGAGCCCGAUCUGGACAACUACCUGAUCCUCAUCGCGAUGCUGCUGUGCGCCGAGUUUGUUUGGAGCACCUCUAACUCGCCGAGCAAGGACUCCAUGGAUCAUGUGCGGUUCCUGGACGAGCUGCAUCGCUUCGUGGUGCUGCCCGACUACUCGCCGCCCCGGCCCGCCUUCGUGGACCGCUACGGCGUGGGCAGGACCCUGCCGGGCUUCUCUGUGGCCCUCUGGGACUUCCGCCCGCGGCCAAACUCCUCCAACGAUGUUCUGGAACGUGGCCUGCGGGCGCGCAGGGAGGGCACCGAGGACUCGACCCGCGACUUCAACCGCAGGCGCGAGCUCUUCGCCGCUCACUUCCCCAUCGGGCGCCACUGCUGCUUCGGCCUGCCAAUCCCCGUGCAGCCGGACCGACUGCCGGACUCUGAGCGCCUGACGGAGAGCCAGGUGGAGGUGGCUCUGCACCACGCCGUCUCCCCGCUCGCCCACCACGUGCUGCAGGCCAACACCACCAAGCGCCUGCAGGGGGCAGCCCUCACGGGGCCACUUUUCACGAUGCUGGCUGAGCAGCUGUGCGAGUUCCAGCGCGCCGGCUCCCCGCUCUGCAUCGAGUCCGCGACGGCGGUGAUCUGCGACGUCCAAAACAGCGCCGUGUGCCUCGAUGCACUGGCGGCCUACCGCCGCCGCUUGUCCACGGCGAUGCUCCGGCUGCCGCCGCUCGUCACGCAGGUGGACGAGCGGCACGCCGAGGCGGUGGGCGAUGCCCUGGAAGUCUUCACCUCCGGCGUGUUCCUCGACAAGGACGGGGUGUACGCCAUGAGACUCGUGGGUCUCGUCUCGGCGGCUCGACACGAGAUCUUUCAGGAGGCCGACGAGGCGUCCGCGAGGCGGUGCCGCCAUCGCCUGGUGGAGCUGUACGCCGGCGUGAAGCUCAAGAACGAGCAGGACGCGUUCAGCACGCCGGGAGGCCACGCUGUCUACCGCAGCCUCGUGGACGACCUGGUGCUCCAGUACAGCGAGACGCCGGGGCUGGGCGACGAGAUGGAUAGAAUCCUGGCCCUAUUCCUGAACGAGAAGGCGGAGGAUGGCCGGGCGAUUUUCAUUGUGGACAAGAUCGUUACUGCCAUGGAGGAGGAAAAACGAAAAAAAGCGGUGGAGGAGAAGGAGAUGGCGGAGCGGCAGCGGCGUCUGGAGGAGAAAAACCGCGAGCAGGAGCUGCACAUCUCCAACCUGAGACACAAGCUGGAGGGCUUGGAGAGCUACGCACUGGAGUGUGGCUGGAAGGGCUCCAGGGAGCCCAAGAGGGGCAGGGACCGUGACGUCUGCGCCAUCCUGUGA